ACGCCCGAGAGUGACGUUGAUGUAGUUGCGACUAUAGCAUAUACGCGCGAUCAGUCGUUGUUCGCCAGCAACGAAGAUGCCGGACUCGCGACGUGCUUCCAUUCUAAUCCUCGCGGUACUUACCGCCCUCGUCACAGGCGGUUCCGCGAUAAAAUGCUACCAGUGCAGCAGUGAUACUGAUCCUGAGGGUCAAGAUGUUUGCGGUGCUUACACGUCGUUCGAUAAGGAGAGAAACAUUCCUGUCGAGUGCAACAGCGAUGAGUCAAAAAUGCCUGGCACCUUCUGCGUCAAGCUUACUCAGCAGAGCCCACGCGGAUUUAUUUGGGACGGCAGGUGGAGGCAGGUGAUACGAAGGUGCGCCUCAGUGGCGAGCACAGGUGUGACAGGCGUCUGCAAUUGGGGCGUCUACGAAAAUGGUGUGUACUGGCAGGAAUGCUCGUGUUCCGAGGAUGCCUGCAAUUCGUCAAACAACGUUCACGUCAACAUUGUCGCAAUGCUUACCAGCUUGACUGCCAUCCUAUUGCCUUUCUGCACUAGUAUUUUACAUUAAGCUUCGUAGAUUUUUUUGAGUGUCUUUCCAAAGAGGAUGACGUACACUACUUUGGGAGGUGCUUAAAAACAGAGAUUACCACUCAUCGUUCACAGGUAUCGUCGGCAGGGCGUUAUCUCAACGUAGAUGUACGCACCACGUUUACGGACUUACAAGGAAGCCACAGAUCUGUAAAUAAUUCUCUAAUUUAUACAUAUAUACACUAUGUUGAUCUCGAGUAUAUCGUUUAGUGUUUACGAGCGACGAAGUAUGUUUGUUUUUAUACUUAUAUUACAAAUAAAAAAAAAGAGGAAAAUA